AUGGAGAAGGCUUUUGAUCACAAUAAGUGGAAAACUUUAAUUUGCAUUCUGGAAAAGCAUGGGUUUGGCAGGAGAUGGAUUUCAACUGAGAAAUUUAAACCCUCAAAAGGAUUGAGACAAGAUGAUUCUUUAUCACCUUUCUUAUUUUUAUUAGUGGUGGAAGUUUUAUCCAAGUUAGUGAAUGAUGUUGUUAAUAGAGGACAGAUACAUGGGUUUCAAGUAAUGGAGGAAGGUUUGGUGAUUUCUCACUUACAGUUUACAGAUGAUACUCUGAUAUUCAUUAAUGCAGAUGUGGAGGAGAUGAGGAAGCUGCUUAUUAUCCUUAAUACUUUUGAAAUGCUUACAGGGUUGAAGUUGAAUUUGGAGAAGAGUUCUUUGAUUAGUGUUGGUGCUGAUGAGAUGAUUCAAUAG